GCGGUCAGUCUUUGUCGAAGAUGCUUCGACGGCUCUUCAUUAUUGUGCUCAUUACCAUUGGACUCGAUGUCGUUGUUAACACGGCUGAGCCAGUGUAUCGACGUUAUCCGAGAUCAUUGAUCGAUGAUAAUACAGUGACGAUUGAUUGUGCUGGCAGUCAUGGAGAGUCGCCAGAGUGUCGUUCGAAAAUAUCGGAAAAAAAUCGUACUUCGGUGAUUGGAGAGCAUGAUCCUGGGCAAAUUGAGGGAGAGAAGUCGUGGAAUUUCGCGGAUUUCUUUGAUGACAGUAUCGGCGAUGAAGCUCGUGGCAAGAAGGGGAAGAAGAAGGGCAUGGGAAAGUACUUUAUCGUCAUGGCUGGAGCGGCGAAAGCCACGCUGAUGUAUGUUAUGCUACACGCUGUUGCUCUUCUUGCUGGCAAAGCUCUGAUCGUUGCCAAAGUAGCUCUGGCAUUGGCUGCUGCUGUCGCUUUGAAGAAAGCCCUUGAACAUAACGACAAGACAUCAGUGGAGAUAAUAAAACAUCCUCAGCACAGCUACCACCAGACCCACAGCUCUAGCGUCGAUUAUGAUCACGGUGGUGGUGGAUAUGAAGGACAUCGACGCAGAAGAUUUGCACGAUGAUAAUUACUCGAUAAAUAAUCCGAGCACUGUACUGUACAAUUGUUGUAUCUCCAUCUUAAUUUACUAUUAUUUAUUUACGUAUACGAUUAAAUAAAAAAAUAUCCGAAUUUCAA